GGGGGACAUCUGUGGCAGAGGAGAAGGAAAGGUUUUUAGAGGAAGCCUUUGGUAGACUGUUUGCGUUGGCUGGGUUCCCUUCUUUUAUUUACUGAAUUCCAAAGGUGACCAAUACACAAAAGAGCUGAAAAUGAAAUUCAUCAUUGGCAUUGGAGGAGUGACCAACGGUGGGAAGACCACUUUGACAAAUAGACUACUAAAGACAUUACCUAACUGUUGUGUUGUGCAUCAGGAUGACUUCUUCAAGAAACCCGAUCAAAUAGAAGUCGGGGAGGACGGCUUUAGACAGUGGGAUGUGAUCGCUGCCCUGGACAUGGAGGCUAUGAUCAACACUGUGAAAGGCUGGCAGGAGAACCCAGUCAAGUUUGCCCGCUCACACGGUGUCAGCCUGUCACCUGAAGCCGAGGAAUCCGACUCAGGGGAGAAAGGGAUCCAUUUUCUCAUCAUUGAGGGGUUCCUCAUCUACAACUACAAGCCCCUCAUUGACAUCUAUGACAAAUGUUUCUACAUUUCCAUUCCUUAUGAGGAGUGCAAAAGGAGGAGAAGCACAAGGACAUACACAGUCCCUGACCCCCCUGACCUGUUCGAUGGCCACGUCUGGCCCAUGUACUUGAAACACAGGAAAGAGAUGGAGAACAACUGCGACAGAAUAGAGUAUCUUGAUGGAAUGACAUCAAAGGAAGCGAUUUACAACAAUGUGUUUGAAAGUGUUCAGAACUCUCUCCUGAACAACUUAUAGCAGGUCGGGGACAACAGCAGAUUUGUGUAUAGACUUGUAAAUAUAAUUUUUGAGUAAAUGUGUAACACCAGCUCUGUACUUCUGGCCUGAUUUGUAAAUAGUUAAUCAUGUAACUUAUUAAGAACUAAUGGCAGAAGUGUUGUGUUUUGUAUAAUCCUGUGUAACUUUUUCUAAAAGAUAAGCCACCUCUGGACUACCCAGUGUGUAACAUCAGCGACGGAUCUAAACUCUGAUCUUGUUAUACUGUAUGUCAAAAUGAAAUGCCCAUUGGGAGGAUUUCUGUUUCGCAACUUAAAGAAAUGGCUG